GCCUCAUCCCUGAAUCAACGUCUCUACUGUAGAUCCCUCCACCACUCCAUUCCACAGUCAUUCAGUCGCGCAGUUCCACGGCCCAGACAGAACUAUUAAGGUCUAUUCAGGUUGCUGAGUUCAACGGGCUGGGUGCGCUAUCCUUUGUCUUGACAUAGCUCGUAGCCUUAAGCCCUCUCGUCACGCUGGCUGGUACCGCUGUCGCAGCACGUUCAAACGCAGCCUACUUUUCAACUGAGGAUUCACGUGUGAAGUAAGCCGAGAAACAAAAGGCACUGCUCAAUAGCCGCGAAACCCUCGGACAAUUGGUGUGUCCUCUGUUCUAGGUGUUCCUGAUUCAACAUGUCGUUCUCCGAAUCUGGGUUGAGCGCAAAACUGUCGACUCUCAAUGAGACCCAGGACAGUAUUGUCUCGGUAUCGCAAUGGAUCAUGUUCCACAAGAGACACGCUGACCGUAUCGCGAGUUAUUGGCUCACACGGCUCCGCGACUCUCCGCCGGCCAAACGUCUGAAUUUCAUCUACCUCGUCAACGACAUAGUGCAGAAUGCGCGAGCUCGGAAGCGGACCGAGUUCCCUGACGCCUUCUCACCGUUAAUGGCCGAAGCUAUCCAAACAGCCUAUCGCUCCUCGCCAGCCGAUGUUCAAGGCAAAAUUCGGCGUGUGGUCGAAGUCUGGCGCACUCGCAAUGUCUUCGAAGCUCCCAUUCUUGAGGCGAUCGAGGCCCGAAUCGACGAAAUCGACAAGUCCAAAGGCUCGGGCGGCAAGAAGACGCUCAUGGGAAACUCUCUCUUCAGCUCGUCCGCCUCCACAGGCAUGCCCAAGGAGCUCGAAACUCUCGCCCCGCUACAGAUCGCCGUGACCAAGGAAACCAUCUCAGCUCGUCCUGCCAUUGACGCAGCACAGGCCGAGUACACGAAGCUCAACGAUCCUGCCGCUGUGUUGCCUAGCCCACCAGUUCACGCAGCCCGCCUGUCGGGCUUGAUCAAGUCUCUCGCGGCAGCUGAGUCUUCGGUCUCCGCCAGCAUCAAAGCUCGCAAGGCCCUCGUUGCCGACCUGGAGCGGAUCCUGGAAAUCAACAAAGCCGCCCUUGCAAAGGACGAGCAAACCUACCUGGACCUCCAGAGUCGCAAGAUCAGCACUGAGGCUAAGAAACGCGAAGUCGAAGACAGCAUUAUUCGUGGCUUAUCGGCUGUCGAUUCUUCUGCCGAAGCACCUUCUGCGCCGGGCGGGGUCCACUCUCCUGGCCUUGAUAACAAUGGUACAGGUGGUGGCGCUGGUGCUGGGUUCGUCGAGCGGCCUGAAAUCGAAGAACUGACUCCCGAGCCAGAGUUUCCGGAGACCGACUUUGCUAGUGGCAAUGGUGGUCCAUUCGAUCAUUCCAACCAGGCCGCCCCUCAGCAGACCACAUCAGACCGGCCUAGCAAUCCGGCGGUAGCUGAAGCGCUGGCCGGUUUCUCGGGAGGAAGCGACGAAUAUAGUCCCCUCGCCAGCAAUCUGGGAGGUGGCCUGCCAUAUGAGUACCCAUCAAGCACGGCAUCACGCGUCAGAGUGGCAAGUGGAACAGGUUCCAAUGGACUUGGUUCCAAGAAGCGCAAGUUAUCCCACGGUGGCGAUGCAGAUUUGGUGCCGGAUCUUGGAGAAAUGGGCAUGGAAGGGUUUGGUGAGACACAGAAAGACACUUCUUCAACACAGGCGGGUGCGAACGCACCUCGACAAGACCUAUUCAAGAGUCUAGAUGAAGAUGUUGAUGAAUUGCUGAGACAGGAGGGUGGUUCGUCUUACUAGUAGUGGGACUGGUAUGGCUUGGUUGGAGUGCGCGGACUUUCAGAGAUCAUAUCCGUGAAGAGAAACAAGAGCCUUCCUUGUAUUAGUUCAAAGAGUGGCGUUUACUAGACGAGGUGCUUUCUCCCUGGAAAUUGGUGCAGUGGACUGGGUUUCGGAAACACACUGCUGAAGAAUUAUGUAGCUGAGGUAUCAUCCAGUGUGUCGAAUGCAGGGCAGGAAACGAACGGUGUCACAUGCUCCUUGGGAAGGGAAGCAGUUUGGCCUCGUUUGAUAGGUAGCUAGUAAUUGCAACCAGCCGAGUCAAAUUGCUUGAAGGCAGAGGGAAGCAGUGGAGAGGCUUGGAAGCGUUGUUGGUCUCCAAGCACAACCUCCUCGAGAUCUCUUGCAAAUUCUUUGCGUUAAGGUAUGGAAAGACAAAAAGGUCACACGUUGUCUGUGGCGGAUUGAUCAAUGCAAACUUAGGAGGGGAGAUCCAGCGUAAUGGUGAGCAUUCUUCAGCCUGUUCCGCCGCUUUGGUGUACCGCCCACGAUGGACCAGGGGGCUUCUUGCACCGCAAUCAACCGCAGAUUCGACGGGGAGAUCAGCGCUGAUGAGGUUUUGUGAGAGGUGGCUUUUAUAAGCCCGCGAGGAAGGCGGCCGCAUUAUCAUCCACACUCGUCCUCGUUGAUAUAUACCUUGGUAUUUACUGUAUCUAAUAUCUAUACACUGUCACUGAGACAGCCCGCUCGCUUCAUAACGUCGUUG